AUGCUGUCUGCCCGCGCCCCGCUCGCCGCCCGCCACGACCAGCCCCAGCCCCGGCUGUCGCCCAAGAAGGGCCAGUCUCCUAUGAAGAGCCUGUCGCCCAUGAAGGGCCUGGCGCUGAGCGACAAGGAGAACACGGUGAGAGCCCGCCCGCCCUUCCGCUGUCCCUGCUCGGUAGCGCGGCAGCCCGCUCAGCCUGCCCCUCUCUCCCUGCAGCCCCCCUCGCUCAGCAGCGCCCGCGUCCUGGCCAGCAAGACGGCCCGCAAGAUCUUCCAGGAGAACGACGGGAACUCGGUGCCGCGGGGCGCGGAGGAGGAGCCGCUGCUGCGGGAGAACCCCCGCCGGUUCGUCAUCUUCCCCAUCCAGUACCACGACAUCUGGCAGAUGUACAAGAAGGCCGAGGCCUCCUUCUGGACGGCGGAGGAGGUGGACCUUUCCAAAGACAUCCAGCACUGGGAGUCCCUGAAGCCAGAGGAGAAGUACUUCAUUUCUCAUGUCCUCGCCUUCUUUGCUGCCAGCGAUGGCAUUGUCAAUGAGAACUUGGUGGAGCGGUUCAGUCAAGAAGUACAAAUCACAGAAGCUCGUUGUUUCUAUGGCUUCCAGAUUGCCAUGGAAAAUAUACAUUCAGAAAUGUACAGUCUUCUUAUUGACACCUACAUUAAGGAUUCUAGAGAGAGGGAGUUUCUUUUUAAUGCUAUUGAAACAUUACCAUGUGUUAAAAAGAAGGCUGACUGGGCCAUGUGCUGGAUUGGGGACAAGAAAGCAACAUAUGGAGAACGUGUAGUAGCCUUUGCAGCCGUGGAAGGAAUCUUCUUUUCUGGCUCGUUUGCAUCAAUUUUUUGGCUGAAGAAAAGAGGAUUAAUGCCUGGACUCACUUUUUCUAAUGAACUCAUCAGUAGAGACGAGGGUUUGCACUGUGAUUUUGCCUGCCUCAUGUUCAAGCACCUGAUACACAAACCAUCAGAGGAGAGAGUAAGGGAAAUCAUCAUGAAUGCUGUUCUCAUAGAGCAGGAGUUCUUGACAGAGGCACUGCCUGUGAAGCUGAUCGGCAUGAACUGCACUUUAAUGAAACAGUACAUAGAGUUUGUGGCAGACCGGCUGAUGCUGGAACUGGGAUUUAACAAGAUAUACAAAGCAGAGAAUCCUUUUGACUUCAUGGAAAACAUUUCUUUGGAAGGCAAGACCAAUUUCUUUGAGAAGCGAGUAGGUGAAUAUCAGAGGAUGGGAGUCAUGUCGAAGCCCACAGACAACUCUUUCACCCUGGAUGCAGAAUUUUAAAUUGAACUUGGACCAUAAGCAUUAAUGUACAUAACACUGUUUACAGGGAAACAUUCUAUAUAUUGGGUCACAGUGUGACUUGAUUUCUGUACUAAAAUCCCACUCUUGUAAAGUAUGGUGAUAUUGGUAUAUUUUAGGAGGCUGGUGUAGCUCCAACAGUAAAAUCUCUUUUAGACUUUGCCAAUGGUGUUAAUGUGUAGAAUGUUUAGAUGUAUCUUACAGUACAUGCUAUUCCAUUUCAUGAAAGAUACAGGCACUUCAUUCUGCAAGAUAAGUUGUGGGCACUGACCUCUGGCUUCUGCUGUUCUCACCAUAAACAAAGGAACUGUUGUAAAUUUGUGGAAUAGUCUGUAGAAAAUUCUGGAGGCAACUACAUGAUCUCACUGCUUUCUUAGCAGGUUUUAAGUUUACCUUUUUACUAUUGUUUUAAUAGUUUGUACAUAA